CGUCGAUAAUGUCAGUUCCUGCUGGAACUUGCUGGUCACUCGCCAUCCGUCCACGGCACCGCCAUAUAUGUUGCACCUAGGUUGGCCCAAUACAGGUGCUUGGAAAGUCGCUCAUCACUCACUCGGCAUCGGAGGGUGGCAUCAUUGCAGUCAUUACCUCUGUCAACAUGAGCCCCUUCCUUCCUCACGACGUGCUCUACCAAGUCAUCCACCACUUCUGCCUCCUCCAUCUUCCUUCCGGAGGCAAUCACUCUCUCAUUGAUCCCUCCGUCCAACAACUUCUGCAGUUGCGUCUCAUCUCCCGCGCCUUCUACCACGCCGCCACGCCGCACAUCCUCAAGCACGUUCCGUUGACCUUUGAUGAAGAAAUUGACCGCUGGCCACAGUCUUUACGGUUUUGGUCUAGUGAAGAGACGAAGCACUUGAGGGCGAGGUUGAGGAAGCUGAAAGUUGUUGUGCGGAGCCGUCGGAUUGCAAUCGAAUGCCUUGUCGAAGAUAACACCCCACCGGAUCAAGCGCUGGCUCUUUCUGCUACCAAGGAGCGUCAACUACGAACUUGUACGACGGAGUUGAUGGAGAAGCUCGAACUACCUAUGGUUGGCCUACCCAGUCUGAGGGAGUUGAGUCUUAGCGUUGACGAAUCCAUCACCGUCCAUAAUGACGACUUCAUUGUCAACAGAACCGUGCCCAACCUUGUGCUCAGAACCGCCAGGGGUUUUAGGUGCGCCUUGAGCGACGGGAGGCUUGACCACUUGACCAGCCUGAGGGUGGAGGCGACUGCCAACCAGCUUGCGGAGAUUGUGUUGAGCGCGGCAAGAUCGAAGCGGCUUUGCACGAACUUGAAAUCGCUUCAUUGCCUUCUGCGAGAGUGGACUGGCGAUGGGGAGGUUAUGGAAGAAAUCUUGUCCGAUGAUGCGGUCCCGGACUUGGUGAAGCUGUGCCCCAACCUGCAAGAACUUAUUGCUUUUGGGGUGCUCGCGAAGCUGCGGCUUCAUCCGGAAAACAAAGGCCUAGACAAGCUGAUCUUGUGCAAUAUUUGUAUCCCUUGGAAGCCGUUCGAAUGGCUGAAGAAUCUGGUGGCGAGGAAUACGUCAGUGGAACUCAUAGAUAUCCACUUCCGGGACUACCUUGGAACUUCCGAAUACAAGACCUUACAAAAAAAGCUACACUGCUACAGCUUACAGGUCAUGGAAGGAGUUAAGCUCGUCUUCCCAGAGCCUCUUGAGUUAUAGCAAAGGAGACCCACAUCACUUCUGCCGAAAGCCCUUUUGCCGAUAAAGAAGAGAAGAGGGGAGUAGCUGGUUGAUGAUUCCCUUCGGAGGAAUCACGGGUCGUUGUUUUCGAUUGCAAAGGUGGGAUAAGUUGAUGAUUGUGAGUCAGACCUUGCAUAUUCCCAGACUCCUAAUGAGAAAGAUCAUGUUGGCAC